CAGGUGAGAGUUGAUGCAGUGUGCCCGCCUCACAGGCUGCUUGGUCACGCCUCAAUGUUGUCCGCAGGUUGGCAGGCUGAAACAAGUAGUGACAACGUUGAACCAGCUGCACGAGGGUCGUGUUGGGCCUCUGCAAGAUGAUGGCAGCUGCUGACCCUGGAGGGCCUUCUGCUGUACACACAGUGGAUCAUGAAGCUUCUGUAGACUUGCAAAAGAAAUUUGAAUCCAUUGUGGAAAGGGAAUUAAAACAGGAAUUAACUCAGGAUUCUACCAUGACCAGCGUGAGUCUGUGUCUCACAUGUGGCUCACCAGGUGGGAGCAUCAGUGCAUUUACCAGAAUAGGUAAUGCUGAACCUCUUCUUAAUCUUCUUGGUUACAUUUUAAAGAAAUCUGUUGCUGACAUUCACUUGUAUAGUGAUGUCGUGUGCGCUAAAUGUUUUAAGAAAUUUGAAUCAAUUGAAAAACAACUUUGUAAAUUUGUAGACGUGUGUCGAGAUACCAUUCAAAGUUUUAACAAAGCUCUUAAGAUAUUUAUGAAGUCAAAACUUUCCCAAGUAAUAGAGGAUGAAGAUGGAAAGUGUUUACUUGUUUUAAAUAGUGUGGACCUAGCAACAAAUGAGAAUGGUAUUAUUGCAAAAGCAUUGUCAUUGGCUACCAUGAGGAAAGUAAGUAAGAGAAAUGAAUCCAAACCAGAGAGAAAGCACACAUGCCCAGUGUGUAGCAAGACAUUCCGGGCUUACAGUCACAGAGUUGAACAUAUGCUUAUUCAUACUAAAGAUAAGUCAUUCAAGUGUAAUAUUUGUGGAUUUCUUACUAGCACAAAAUCCAAUCUUGCCAAACACAGGCAGCAACAUACUGAAGAAUGUGUAUGUAAUGUUUGUAAUAAAAAACUGUGCAAUAAAUUUUCUCUAAAAGAACACAUGAGAAUCCAUAAUAAUGACAAAUCGCAUCAGUGCGAGCAUUGCAAGAAAAUGUUUUUGAGGGAUCGGGAUAAGAAGAUCCAUGAAAAAAUCCACAUGGCAGAAAGUCCCGGAUUGCACCAGUGUAAAGUCUGCAAAAAAUGCUUCGUAAUUAAGUCAAGACUAAUUAGGCAUAUGCUAAUUCACCAAAAAGAAAAACAAUUUGUUUGUCAAGUAUGCAGCAAAAAGUUUGUUAGAAAAGAUGAUCUUAAAUGUCAUGAGAGGGUGCAUACAGGUGAAAAGCCAUAUUCUUGUAAGGAGUGUGGCAAAGUGUUUAGAUAUAUAUCUAAUUGCAGAAAUCAUAUGAGGAUACAUAUGAAAGAUUCCAAUAUAUAUAAGUGUAGACCUUGUAACAUCUCAUUUCCUACCGAGGGCAAAUAUAACAAUCACUUAAAAACCCGUAACCACAGGAAAAAACUAUCAGACCCUUUGUAUGAUAAUGCUGAGCACGUAUAUUGUGAUGGACGUAAAACUCCGUUCACACUUGCAGAUAAUUCAUUACACAAGACGAUUUGUAUUAAGCAGAAGCCAGGAACAACAGAAGAGCCAAUGUAUUGUAAUGUGUGUUGCUUAACAUUUGACAGUGUAGAUCAGUUAUCAGAACAUACUCUUCAUUCUCAUGUAAAAGAAAGUGCCUUGUCACAGAAUGCUGAAACAGGAAUUAUUAUUUCAAGCGUAGAUGUUGGCAGUGAUACUAAUAUUGUUUCAUUAACUCCUUUGGAACAACUUACUGUUACAGGUGAGGGUGUAAACAUGAUAGUAACAAUGAACACUGAUCCAACAUCUCUGCAAAUACCUCUUGUUCAUGGAUCACCUUCCACAAAUGCUUCUCUUCUACCAGCAGAUGCCCUUAAAGAUGGAUCUCACACAGCAUCCACCAUACUUCCGCUAAAUGUAGACAAUAAGGCCACUAAUAUAUCUCGAAGUGAUACAGUAUUAACAGGAAUUUCAGAUAACAGUGUAUUAUGUAAUGAAACCUUUGAACAGCCAGUUGGAGAUUCUACAUUACCAACAUCUGGUACAGUUACUAUUUUAAACCCAUCAACUAUUUUUAAAAUAAGUGACUGGGAUAUUAGUCAGUAUUAUCAAAAGUCAUGAUAGAACACAUCUUUGCAUCUUCCUUUACUUUCAUAACUAUUACAGUAUUGAUAAUUAUAUGUAUGUAACAGUUCAAGAAUCACUUUAUUAUGUGAUUUGGAUAUGUAUUGUUUAUUAUUUUAAUAUGAAGCAUUUUGAUGGUUGCUUAAUUACCGGUAACUUUUUUAUUCUUAGACCAGAUUUUAGUCCAUAUGAACCCUUUCCAUAAUAACCCAUGUUCUUAUUCUACCCUCUGGAUUUAGUAUAUAUUUUCCCUAGCUGCUCAUGCUAAAUGAAUACUGUACCUGUAAAUAUAAAGUUUAUAUAUUUAUACUGUGUGUAUAUACUAUACAUUGGUCCAAAAGUCUACAUACAUGGACAAAAUUAUCACCUUUUAUCAAAGUGUAACUUCAUUCACAAAAUAUGUUUACAUUUUUUACAUUAUGUUGAAAAUGCAAACAGAUGUAAUUGUCCCACUUCUGGUGAACUCGCAUAACACUCCUGGUGUUACAUACGGUUACAUUUUGAAUGCCUUUCCGAUUCAUGUUCAUAUCUUUUCCUGGUACUGUACACCAUGGCUUUCAAGUGUCCCCAAAAGAUGUUCUUCAAAGGUACAAGUAUCUGUAAAAAGACAAAUAAUUCAAUAUGUAUGUAGAGCAUAUUUAGAAAAUAUUACAUGUUAUUAAAGUAUUAAUUUCUCCAUCAGUGGAGACAUUGGUUAUGAAUAUAAGGUAUACAUAAUUUUUCUAAAAAAUCAAUGGUUGUUUCUCUAUCAGGAUAAUAAUUCUAGUGUAGAAAUGAAUGAUUUGCUAUAUAGUUUGUUGUUAUUCAUAAAGUGCAAGAUAUUUUGAUACAUGGUAAGAAUAUAAAUAUAAAGUCAUUGUUUUGUCACAAGUGUUAUAAUAUGUAUAAUGGAUAUAUAUAUAAUAUGGGAAUUUCUAAAAUAUAUUUUUUGAGCUAUUAAGAGUA